AUGCAUACAAAAUUCGGGAGAUGCCAAGACACCAGCAGCAGCAGCAGCAGCAGCAGCAGCAGCCGUGGCAGCAGCAGCAGCAGCAGCUGUAAGGUGAGCGCCCGAAACGGUGGUGCGCAAGUUCUUUGGCUUUCCGCGUCGGCCUCAGCAGCAGCAGCAGCAGCAAGGCCAGCAGCAGUGUCUGCAGCAGAAACCGCUGCAGCAGCAGCAGCAGCAGCUGGCGCUUGGCAGCAGCAGCACGAGCUCAGAGCCAAGCAGCAGCUCCAGCAGCAGAACAAACAGCCCCGCAGCGGCAUUUUGCCUCUUGCAGGGGGCCAGGGACAUUUAAUCCGCUCUGCUGCUGCUGCUGCUGCUGCUGCUGCUGCUGCUGGAGCGAUGGAGAUUCGCUGCAAGCAGCUAGCUUUGCUGACAGCAGCAGCAGCAGUUUGCUGCUGCUGCAGCGUGCUGCUUCUGGACGCCGGUUCGCUUUCUGUGUUGGGGUCGCUCGCGGGUUCAGCAGCAACAGCAGCAACAACCACUGUUUACGGCCAUGCAGCAGCAGCAGCUGCUGCUGCUGCUGCUGCUGUGCAGCAGCAGAUCGUCGGGGCUUUUGCUGCUCCCCCGCAGCAGCUAGUCGACCUCUUCUCUUACCUGCCUGAAGCGCUGCAGCUGAGGCGUCUGCUGCUGCCUGACGAGCACUUCCCCGAGUGUCUGCACACCCCAGACAUGAGUUUGCUGCUGGAAGACGCGCGGCUGCUGCACCCGCUGCUGCAGCAGCUAAAGCGGCGGACAUUUUUUAGAAUAUUUAAAUUAAAUAUUCAGCAGAAGACUUGUCGGCGGGACUUGCUGCUGCUGACGGACCGCCAGCUGCAGCAGCAGCAGCAGCAGCAGCAGCUGCUGCUGCAGCAGCAGACGCAGCAGCAGCAGACGCAGCUGACGCCCCACAGCGUCUACCCGCACAGCCCCGACGCCAGCAGCAGCAGCAGCAGCAGCAGCAGCGCAGCAGCAGCAGACGCGGCCAGCAGCAGGCUGUGGCUGGGGGCGGGACCCGCCUCCCCGCCAGCAGCAGCAGCAGCAGCAGCAGCAGCAAUGUUUGCUGCUGCAGCAGAUGAAGGCAAAUGCGUCGCCCCAGAAAAGUGCGGCCUUUGCAUGUGCACUGAUGACCAAGUUCCUCUUUCUUGGAGAAAUAAACCCCAGGAAGACUUCGUGGACAGGAGACACGCAGCUUCGUUCUACCGGUGGAAGGAGUCCUCCCUGACGCCAGACGCGCCCUUCAGCGGCAACAGCAGCAGCAGCAGCAGCAGCAGCAGCAGCAGCAGCAAAAGCAAAGAUGCAGCAGCAGCACCAGAGCCUCUGGUGUACGUAGACCUCAUGCGGAAUCCCCCAGGCUACACAGAGUACCAAGGGGGUCCGAUUUGGGGGGCGCUGCAGCAGCAGCUGUACCGUUUGCAGCAGCAGGAGCUGCAGCAGCAGCAGCAGCAGCAGCAGCAGCAGCAGCAGCAGCAGCAGCAGCAGCAGCAGCAGCAGCAGGAAGACGUGAAGACCUGCGGGAACGCAGCAAAGCUGUCCAUGGUGCUUUCGGGGAUGCAGUCGAACAUAUCCGUGCUGGCUGGGGAGUACUUCUACAGCAAAAUGUCGCAGCACUACCAGCAGCAGCAGCAGCAGCAGCAGCAGCAGCAGCAGCAGCAGCAGCAGGACUUCGAGCUGCCGCCGCCGCCCACCCCCGCGCCCUCCGUCUCUUUCUACCUUUCCCGCUUUUCCCUCCAUCCCGAAAGAAUUAAAAAUUUGUAUUUCACUUUUGCUUUGAUCUUGAAGGGAGUUUGUUCCUUGACCGAUGUGCUGCAGGAGUGCAGCUGCGAGACCGGUCUGCUGCUGCUGCUGCUGCUGCUGCUGCUGCUGCUGCUGCUGCUGCUGUUUUUGCUGCUGUUGUUGGGCGGUGCUGCUGCUUUUCGCUGCGGCCGUGCUUUUGCUGCUGCUGCUCGCGGACUAGUUUGA